UUGAGUCCACUGUCUCGCUGUUCAGCCUUUCUGGGGAGCAUCGUGCCAAGCCUUUCGCCUUCCGUACUGGGAGACAGCAUUCUCGGAAAAGUUCAGAACACCCCUCUGAAGAACAGCUUUGGAAUGUGGCUGGUGAGGAUGUUAUAUCUGCAAACCUUCUGUUGUCUAUACCUAUUCAAGGCUUCCCUAACUGCUCCUCAGUGUAAUCCAUACACUGAUUUGCAAGGUAAGAGUGGGACCAACUGCAGUCAUCAGUCCCUUGUGUCUGUUCCUCAUUCUCUCCCACCGGAGACAGAGAUCCUCUUAUUGAGCUUCAACAACCUCACCUCUGUCUCUUUAAGCACGUUUAAAAACCUCUUAAAACUCAACGACCUGGACCUCUCCCACAACCAGAUUCAGCACUUUGACCCCGAUUACCCUGUCCCAAUAAAAAAGUUGGAUCUCUCGUCUAAUUCCAUAACCGGAAUUCCCGACUUUGGAAACCUCCGGAAUCUCAAAAAGCUAAUCCUGGAUCACAAUAAGAUACCUGCUCUACCGGAGGGAGCGUUCGAUGACUUGGUGUCCCUGGAGGAGCUCAGCAUCAAAGGAAACACAAUCCAGAUCAUUCCCGAGAACAUCUUUGACCCUCUAGAGAAUCUCAGAUAUUUAGUCCUGUCUGCGAACAAAAUCCAGAAAUUCCCAGAAAACUCACUGGGCAAUGUGGAAAAUCUGGACAAAUUUGAUAUCUCAAACAAUAAUCUACAAUCAAUCCCUCCAGACUUUCAGAACCUCCUUCCACCUUAUGUCUUUCUCUACAAUAACCCUUGGCACUGUGACUGUGACAAUGUACAAUAUUUCAAAGAAUGGAUUGAAAUUAUUGAUGGCAGCAUAUACAAUAGUAUAGGGGAGCCUGACUCCAGGAGCGUUGUUUGUUUGACUCCACCCAUUUGGAAAGGGAUUCCAAUUAUCAAUUUGCAUGUUGACAAAGUCUGUCAUGUUGUGACAGCAACUGAAAUGAUCACUGAGACACCCACAGUUACAGAGGUGUCCCACAUGACCACUUUACAGAGCUAUUGGUUAAAGACAUCCCCAUCGCUGGAGGCUUGUGUUCCAUACACUGAUUUGCAAGGUAAGAGUGGGACCAAUUGCAGUCAUCAGUCCCUUGUGUCUGUCCCUCAUUCUCUCCCACCGGAGACAGAGAUCCUCUUAUUGAGCUUCAACAACCUCACCUCUGUCUCUUUAAGCACGUUUAAAAACCUCUUAAAACUCAACGACCUGGACCUCUCCCACAACCAGAUUCAGCACUUUGACCCCGAUUACCCUGUCCCAAUAAAAAAGUUGGAUCUCUCGUCUAAUUCCAUAACCGGAAUUCCCGACUUUGGAAACCUCCGGAAUCUCAAAAAGCUAAUCCUGGAUCACAAUAAGAUACCUGCUCUACCGGAGGGAGCGUUCGAUGACUUGGUGUCCCUGGAGGAGCUCAGCAUCAAAGGAAACACAAUCCAGAUCAUUCCCGAGAACAUCUUUGACCCUCUAGAGAAUCUCAGAUAUUUAGUCCUGUCUGCGAACAAAAUCCAGAAAUUCCCAGAAAACUCACUGGGCAAUGUGGAAAAUCUGGACAAAUUUGAUAUCUCAAACAAUAAUCUACGAUCAAUCCCUCCAGACUUUCAGAACCUCCUUCCACCUUACGUCUUUCUCUACAAUAACCCUUGGCACUGUGACUGUGACAAUGUACAAUAUUUCAAAGAAUGGAUUGAAAUUAUUGAUGGCAGCAUAUACAAUAGUAUAGGGGAGCCUGACUCCAGGAGCGUUGUUUGUUUGACUCCACCCAUUUGGAAAGGGAUUCCAAUUAUCAAUUUGCAUGUUGACAAAGUCUGUCAUGUUUUGACAGCAACUGAAAUGAUCACUGAGACACCCACAGUUACAGAGGUGUCCCACAUGACCACUUUACAGAACUAUUGGUUAAAGACAUCCCCAUCGCUGGAGGCUUGUGUUCCAUACACUGAUUUGCAAGGUAAGAGUGGGACCAAUUGCAGUCAUCAGUCCCUUGUGUUUGUCCCUCAUUCUCUCCCACCGGAGACAGAGAUCCUCUUAUUGAGCUUCAACAACCUCACCUCUGUCUCUUUAAGCACGUUUAAAAACCUCUUAAAACUCAACGACCUGGACCUCUCCCACAACCAGAUUCAGCACUUUGACCCCGAUUACCCUGUCCCAAUAAAAAAGUUGGAUCUCUCGUCUAAUUCCAUAACCGGAAUUCCCGACUUUGGAAACCUCCGGAAUCUCAAAAAGCUAAUCCUGGAUCACAAUAAGAUACCUGCUCUACAGGAGGGAGCGUUCGAUGACUUGGUGUCCCUGGAGGAGCUCAGCAUCAAAGGAAACACAAUCCAGAUCAUUCCCGAGAACAUCUUUGACCCUUUAGAGAAUCUCAGAUAUUUAGUCCUGUCUGCGAACAAAAUCCAGAAAUUCCCAGAAAACUCACUGGACAAUGUGGAAAAUCUGGACAAAUUUGAUAUCUCAAACAAUAAUCUACAAUCAAUCCCUCCAGACUUUCAGAACCUCCUUCCACCUUAUGUCUUUCUCUACAAUAACCCUUGGCACUGUGACUGUGACAAUGUACAAUAUUUCAAAGAAUGGAUUGAAAUUAUUGAUGGCAGCAUAUACAAUAGUAUAGGGGAGCCUGACUCCAGGAGCGUUGUUUGUUUGACUCCACCCAUUUGGAAAGGGAUUCCGAUUAUUAAUUUGCAUGUUGACAAAGUCUGUCAUGUUGUGACAGCAACUGAAAUGAUCACUGAGACACCCACAGUUACAGAGGUGUCCCACAUGACCACUUUACAGAACUAUUGGUUAAAGACAUCCCCAUCGCUGGAGGCUUGUGUUCCAUACACUGAUUUGCAAGGUAAGAGUGGGACCAAUUGCAGUCAUCAGUCCCUUGUGUCUGUCCCUCAUUCUCUCCCACCGGAGACAGAGAUCCUCUUAUUGAGCUUCAACAAUCUCACCUCUGUCUCUUUAAGCACGUUUAAAAACCUCUCAAAUCUAAACGACCUGGAACUCUCCCACAACCAGAUUCAGCACUUUGACCCUGACUAUUCUCUCCUGAUAGAAAAGUUGGAUCUCUCGUUUAACUUCUUAACUGGAAUUCCCGGCUUUGGAAACCUCCGGAAUCUCACAAAGCUAAUCCUGGAUCACAAUAAGAUACCUGCUCUACCGGAGGGAGCGUUCGAUGACUUGGUGUCCCUGGAGGAGCUCAGCAUCAAAGGAAACACAAUCCAGGUCAUUCCCGAGAACAUCUUUGACCCUCUAGAGAAUCUCAGAUAUUUAGUCCUGUCUGCGAACAAGAUCCAGAAAUUCCCGGAAAAUUCACUGGACAAUGUGGAAAAUCUGGACAAAUUUGAUAUCUCAAACAAUAAUCUACGAUCAAUCCCUCAAGACUUUUUGAACCUCCUUCCACCUUAUGUCUUUCUCUACAAUAACUCUUGGCACUGUGACUGUGACAAUGUGCCGCAUUUCAGAGAAUGGAUUGAAAUUAUUGAUAGUAACAUAUACAAUAGUAUAGGGGAGCCUGACUCCAGGAGCGUUGUUUGUUUGACUCCACCCAUUUGGAAAGGGAUUCCGAUUAUCAAUUUCCCUGUUGAUGAAGUCUGUCAUAUUGUGACAACAAUUGAAAUGAUCACUGAGACACCCACAGUUACAGAGGUGUCCCACAUGACCACUUUACAGAGCUAUUGGUUAAAGACAUCCCCAUCGCUGGAGGCUUGUGUUCCAUACACUGAUUUGCAAGGUAAGAGUGGGACCAACUGCAGUCAUCAGUCCCUUGUGUCUGUCCCUCAUUCUCUCCCACCGGAGACAGAGAUCCUCUUAUUGAGCUUCAACAAUCUCACCUCUGUCUCUUUAAGCACGUUUAAAAACCUCUCAAAUCUAAACGACCUGGACCUCUCCCACAACCAGAUUCAGCACUUUGAUCCCGACUACCCUCUCCCAGUAGAAAAGUUGGAUCUCUCGUCUAACUCCUUAACCACAAUUCCUAACUUUGGCAACCUCUGGAAUCUCACAAAGCUAAUCCUGGAUGACAACAAGAUACCUGCUCUACCGGAGGGAACGUUCGAUUACUUGGUGACUCUGGAGGAGCUCAGCAUUGCAGGAAACACGAUCGAGAUCAUUCCUGAGCACAUCUUUGACCCUCUAGAGAAUCUCAGAUAUUUAACCCUGUCUGCAAACAAAAUCGAGAGUAUCCCCAAUAACUCAUUGAUCAACCUGAGAAAUCUGACAACCCUUGAUGUCUCCAAUAACAAGCUAAGAACAAUUCCUCAGGAUUUCAUUGGGAGAAGUGCUUUGCUGUGCCUCAAUUUGGACAACAAUCCAUGGCACUGUGAUUGUGACAUUCUACGCUUGACUGAAUGGAUGAAGUUGAAAGAGAGUAAGAUGCACUCUGGCGAAGGAACCUUCAAUGUUUCAGGCGCGAUUUGCAGUAGCCCCGCUAACAUGAGAGGGCUGCCUCUCAUUCAGCAGCCCCAAUUGGAAUGGUGCAAAGCCAGCACUCCUGGAAAAGUUCUCAGCAGUCCUGGUACGCAGACAACCAGUCCAAUCUGUUCCACCAGACCUGAAGUUGGCAUCGGCCAUCGGGGCCAAAGAUUUGGCCUCCUCGAGGCCCUGAGCGAGUUUGGCUCGAUUUGCUUCCUGCUAUUUCUCCUGCAAUGCCUCUUGCUCGGCCUCCUGCUCUUGGAGAGCUGCCUCCUGCUGCUCUGCGCCGCCCGCUUUCACCGCCGAUGCUAUAUGCCCAUGAAGCGCCUGGCCGAGGGAGCCUUUGGCAUCAGACUCGUGCGGUACAGCUUGCUGCUGCCCAACUUUCACCAGAUCUACCCCUUCCUGAUCCCCGACGGGGAGCUGGGUGGCACUGAGAAGGCCGACAGUGGGCAGCUGCUGGACGAAGCCUCAAACCCACUGUCAGAGGGAGGGGGACCUCGCGAUCGGACAGAAGCUCCUGCUGACGCCUUUGGGAGUUUCUUAUAGAGGAUCAACACCAUCAGCGACGGGUCGUGUUAAGGCAAAGCCUACAAACUUCAAAAUAAAGCAUGCGUCCGAAUUUACAUAUAUGCAGAUGAGGGCACGCAGCCCUAUUUAAAUAUCACUAGGGCAGGUGUGAGGUGUGGCAGAGAUCAGUUCAGCCAAAAUGGUCUCCUUUCCUGCUGUACGUUUAGUGCAAAUUACAGCAGAGAAUGAAGCCAUUCAGCCCCUCUGGUCUAUCCUGCUGCUUAGCCUCCACACAAGCCCCCUCCCACCUCUGCUUCAUCGCAUCCUAUCAGCAGAACCCUUCUGUUCUUCAAGAGGAGUGGCGUUGGUGUAAAUAUAUACGGAGCUGUGAUAUGAACCCCUACAACCGUGAGAGGUGAUAAGGAGAGGGGUCAAUAACCAGGGGACAUAGAUUUAAGGGAAGAGGUAGAAGGCUAAGAUGGGGGAGUUGAGGAGAAAUAUUUACACCCAGAGGUUGAUGGGAGUCUGGAACUCACUGCCUGAAAGGGUGGUUGAGUCGGAAACUCUCGUAACAUUUAAGAAGUAUUUAGAUAUUCAUGCAGUAAGAACGGUUUUUGACUGAUAUAAAAUGAUGCCACUUUAAAUAGCUGGCUCAAUGGGUAGCCCUCUCGCCUCUUGAGUCGAAAGGUCAUGGGUUCAAGCCCAACCCCAGAGAUCUAAGCCCAUAAUCCAGGCCGACACUCCCUAUGCAGCACCGAGGGAGCACUGCACUGUCGGAGGUGCCGUCAUCUGGAGGUGGCAUUAAAUGGGUCUAACGUUCCCGUAACACGAUUCCGAGGAAGAGCGGGGGAGUCCUCCCCACGCCAGAAUGGAUGACUGGCCAUUGCCAUGCUGCCCUUUGUGGGAGCUGGCUGUGCACAAAUCGGCUGCCGAAUUUCCUCCAUCACAACAGUGGCUGCGCUUUGAAAUGUACUCCGUUGGCUCUGUGAAGUGCUCUGGGACGUGUUGAAGUUGUGAAAGGGGUUGUAUAAAACCAAAGAUAAGAUCAAAGGGAGGCAGAAAGUCCGUUUGAACCAAUCAAACUGACCCUAGCCCAUGGCCCCGGAGUGGUGUGGGUGGGGGGGGAGGAGAAGGCGUCCACGGAAUGCUGGGAACACACAGUGUCCCGUAGGCUUCAGCGAGGGCAAUGGUCUGAUGGUCACAGGGGCAAAGGUUUCAGAUUGUCACAGCUACACUGAGCAGGGAAGGGAGCCAGCAUCCAAUUGAACCGAGCAGAGCAAUCGGAUAGUCCUGUGGGGGUCGCUUUUCAGAGUCUGUCGGGCCAUGGAGCUUUGGCUCUUCCUGUACCUUGUCCCCGCGGUACUGGCAGUGGACGGUGAGUCUUAAGAUCGGCCUUGCAGAGGUGGACGCUGAAUUUCCUCCUCUGGCUCUUGGUGCUGAGGUUGAAUUCCACAGGCCCUUGCCCCAGUGGCUGGGGCUUCGAAUUUCAGCCAAGACAGGGGGUAUCCUGGGGCAAUUCCACUAUAGAAAGCAUCACAGGCGAGCCCCAGUUUCAUCUCGAACCAGACGUCCAGAUGUGCAUGCCACCCCCCCCACCCCGCCCCCAACUACUCCCUGUUGAUAUUCCAUAUGGCGACAUUUAUUGCCCAUUCCUAAUUGCCCCUUGAGAAGGUGGUGGUGAGCUGCCUUCUUGAGCUGCUGCAGCCCAUGUGGUGUAGGUACACCCACAGCGCUGUUAGGGAGGGAGUUCCAGGAUUU